GCGGCGGCGGGGCUUGGCGGGCGGCGGAGGCGAGCGUGGCGGUGGGCGAUGCGGGCGGCGGCGAGCGCCGUGGUGUGGACGGCGGUGGUGCAGCUGGCGUCGAUCGCGGGGCUGUGGAGGCCGCGGGUGCUCGCCGACUGCGGCGGCGGAGGGGGCGCCGCGGGGCUCGCCGCGCUCGCCGGCGAGGACCGCGUCGCGGCGAGGCUGUCGCCGCCGGCGCUCGUGCCGAGGAGAAUCUAUAAGAGCAAUGGCUAUUUACUAGUUACUUGCAAUGGAGGACUUAAUCAAAUGCGAGCUGGGAUUUGUGAUAUGGUCACUAUAGCUCGCUAUUUGAAUCUAACAUUAGUGGUCCCUGAACUGGAUAAAAGAUCUUUUUGGGCUGAUCCAAGUGAUUUUGGAGAUAUAUUUGACGUCAGUCACUUCAUUAAUUCGUUAAGAGACGAGCUGAUGAUUGUUAAGGAACUUCCUAUGAAACUCCAGCUAAAAACUAAGAGAAGACUUUACUCAAUGCCACCUGUGAGCUGGUCCAAUGAGACAUACUAUCUAAAGAGGGUAUUACAUCUUGCAAGGAAGCACAAAGUAAUCCACUUCAAUAAAACAGACGCCCGCCUUGCAAACAAUGGUCUUCCUCUCCAGCUCCAAAGGUUGCGUUGUCGUGUCAACUUUGAAGCUUUGAGAUUCACCCCACAGAUUGAGGCCCUUGGCCGUAAACUUAUCUCCAUCCUUCGGAAAAAUGGGCAGUUUGUUGUUCUUCACUUACGGUACGAAAUGGAUAUGCUUUCGUUUUCGGGCUGCACACAUGGCUGUUCUGAUGAAGAAACUCAAGAGCUCACUAGAAUGAGAUAUGCUUAUCCAUGGUGGAAAGAAAAGGAGAUUGAUUCUGAGGUUAAGAGGUUUCAGGGACUUUGCCCCCUCACACCUGAGGAAAUUACUCUCGUGCUUAAGGCUCUAGGAUUUACAAAGGAUACACUGAUUUAUAUAGCCUCUGGUGAAAUAUAUGGAGGUGAAAAGCGGUUGGCAGCUUUGAAGGCUGCAUAUCCUAGAUUGGUAAGGAAGGAGAAACUUUUGUCUCCUGAUGAACUGCAGCCAUUCCAGAACCAUUCAACCCAGAUGGCAGCACUGGACUACAUGGUUUCAAUUGCAAGCGAUGUUUUCAUCCCCAGCUAUGAUGGGAAUAUGGCAAGGGUCGUUGAGGGUCAUCGCAGGUACACGGGCUUCCGCAAGACCAUCGUAUUGGACAGGAUGAAACUUGUUGAACUUUUGGAUAAUUUCCAAGGAGGGGCAAUGUCCUGGAAUGAAUUCUCUGCUGCUGUGAAGGAGGCACACCAGCAUCGCAUGGGCCAGCCAAUGGACAGAAAGGUCAUCCCUGGCCGGCCCAAGGAAGAGGACUAUUUCUACGCUAAUCCCCAGGAAUGCCUUGGUGCCAAGGAGGAAUUAAGAGAUAUUUUAUGAUAGUUCAUUCUGGGAGCAUGGCCGAUGAAUAUUGGUUCCUUCAGCGUCGUCCAUAGUUGACGCUGGCACUUUUUGUACAGCUGACCAGAGUUCUCCCUUCAUACCGAGCAUUUACUUCAGGUACAGGCUAGUUGACAUGUCAAAUGUUUAUAACUGGAUCUUCUCACAGAAAUAAAACUGAAAAGAAGCUCAAGAUCUGCAGGUUCAGACUUUUGGAGAAAAGAUGAGCAUCCAAUCUGCUCUUUUCUCCCAUCAGUUAUGCUCUUGUAAUUCUUUAUUAGUAGGUCAGGUUUUCCAUUUCAUUCCAUUCUUCGGCUUCUUAUUUUUCAUUGUUUAGGGGCAGUGUAACACUCUUGACUCUGAUCAUACUGAUGUAGAAGUUCAGUGUCCUCAAAAGUGUUCCCCCAAACUUCUCUGAGGAGUUUCCUCAAAGUCUUUUGUAUUUCUCACCAAAACCAUUAGAAAUUUUCAGUUCAUACGGAAAUUUCCUGCAAAAAUGUAACUUUUUUCCCUGAAAGAUCAAGAUAUGCAGAUCAUUCUGUUUCUUUCCACCAACUGAUUCACUUGGAAGCA